AUGAACGAAAUAUCCGAUUUGCAUCCUGUAUUAAGUACAAAUUUAUCUAUCCAAAAACAGUAUCACUAUUCCAGGACCACAAUCGAGAUCACCGGAUAUGACCCGUGCGACUUAAUCGUCGCGAUCGAAUGUAAUUAUUCAUUCGGAAUCGGUCGCGUGCGUUUACUUCCGAGAGAAAAUGAUGAAACAUUCCAACAGUACUUCCACAGUCCAACGAAGAAAGAAGGGUUAGUUAAAAAUAUAUAAGUACCUACUAGUUAACCCAUCAAUGCGUAGUUUCUCCAAACACCUUCAUAAAUAUAUAGGGUAAUAGCCUAUGAAUACCUAUAUGAUGCCAUUCUUAUUUCUUGGAAAUCGUAAUUUAAAAAUUAUUUUAUUUUAUUCUUGUGUAUUUAUAAUAACUUAUUUUUAGUAAAAAGAAAACACAAAAUAUAAACUAAAAUAAUUCUCGGUGAUGGUAUGUUAAAUAAACGUCCAAUAUCUAUAGAUCCACACAAUUUUCGGUAGGACAAUGACUUAAAUAGCCGUAAUCCAUUGAGGUUUUUUAUGCGGGACAAAAAAAAACUUAUUGAAUUUAUACUAAAAAGUUUGAUAAAAUAAAUAUUAUUAUAAUACACUACAUGAAUAAUGUUUACAAUAAUGACCCUUGUAUUUGUAACCCUUAACUAUUAGGCGUAAAAAUUAAAAUUGAAAAAAAUAUUACCACCCUGUACAAUAAAAUAUUAUAAUAAUACCUAUUUUUACUGUUGACAACUUUAUUGAUGCAUAUAAUUGUAAUUUUAUUGUGGAACCUCGUUACUAAAUUAUCUCUUCUUUCGUUACCUUAAUUUCUAUAUUGUGGACUGCAUAUCGGUGCAAUUGUAUACUGCAAUAAAAUUUAAUUUUUUCUAAAAGUCUAUAUAUAUACUGCAGUGACUAUUUUUUCAAACUUUUUGUAAUGCAUAUGUAUUUGAGUUUAAUAUAGGGUGUAGAAGGAAAUUAAAAAUAUCAGCACCAAAAUAUAUUAUAACAAAACUCAUCAUUUAUUUAUGCAAUUCUUAAUUUAAAAAUCAAACUUGAAUAGUUAUUCUACUACUAAAAGUAAAAAUAAUAAAAAUUAACGAUAAUAUAAUAUUUUUAAGCUAUAUGUUUCUUAAAUUGUUAAAAAAAAUACAUACUUUCCGAGAUUUUGAGUGUCUUAUAUUCAGAAACCUCUCACAAUGGUGUAAAUUACAGUUUUCAUUUUAAUAAAAUUACAAUUUAAAACUUAUAUAUAUAUUUUAAUUAUUGCUUAAUAAUAUAAACAAUAUUUAUUAAAAAAUACUACCCUCUCCUCUUUACAGUAAGUUAUUGCCGUUUAUUACAUUUUACAUGCCAUGUUAACGUACAUGACGGUUGAGUUAUGAAUGCAUGUAUUUUUAUGUCAUAUUUUUUUUUUCGUUUAUCUAUUUUAUACAACAUUAGACUCAGGUUGAUUAUAAUACAUAUAAUAUUAUAUACAUAUUAUUGAUUGUAUCUACCCAAUUACUCGCAGUAAAUUCUAAGAAUAUAACCCAACCAAAUAAAUAAUUAAAUUCAUUAAAAUCAUUAGACAUGUUUUAUUUAACAAUAGUAAAAUAUAUUAAUUUAUUUAAUUUAUUAUAUCUAUACGUAACGAUAAACUAUUGCUAACAAAUAACAAUUUUGAGCAAUCUAACCUUCAACAUGAUUGGAAGUAUUUUUUACAAUUUUCUUUAAAAUUUUAACUUUAAAUGUUUACAUAAACAAUUUUAAUGUUACGCUCAAAUUUUGUUUUUAACUACAUAAACCACAUAAAUCCGCAUAAUCUACUUAAUCCACAAAAACCAAAUAAAAAAUAUACAAAAAAAAAAGAACCGAUAAUGCCGAAAGGUACACUACAAUGUGGGUGGGAAUUUGGGAAAGUAGGAUACAUUGUAGUUAUUUAAUUUCUAUUUGUAAGUAUUGAUGAACCACUGCAAACGAAAAACGAUUCUGAGUGAAGUUCGUUGAUACAUGAUUUGUUAUAGGCCGUAAUAUAUACAAUUUUCAUAAAAGUUUGAUUUUAAAACUCUUAUAAAAAAAAAAAAAUAUAUAACACUCAAUUUUUUUUGGUCACUAAGUAUGACUUACAAUUAACCUCCUGUCAAAUUUUUAAAUAUUUCGGUUCAAACAUUUUAGUAGGUACCCUAUCGAGAGUACUUACCAAAUAAAAAAUAACCUUAAAAAAAUGCAAACAUAAAAACGCCAAAAUGUUUAAAAAUUUGACGACGUCAAAGAAAGUAAAUUUACGUUUUCUAUCAUAAUGUCAAUUGUUUACGAAUAUUUUAAACUGAAUUACAGUAUAAAUUCAAGAUUGAAAUUUUUGAAACAAUUAUUUCAAUAAACCUUUACGUUAUCUCUAAGUCUUUUUUUCUUUCGAUUAUUCCCAAUUAAUAUGAUAUCUAUUGGGAAAAUGACUUAAUUCUUUAGUAGCUAGAAAUCCCCCAAAAAUGGUCUUUUACCAUUUUUUAAUAAAAGCAAUAUUUCUGAUAUAAAACAUAGUGCGUAAGAAAUAAAAAUUGUGAAAUUGGUAACACCACGACACGCCAUAAAUAUUUGACAUUUUUCCGAUAAUUUUUUUUCCAGUUUUUCCCGAUUAUUAUGAAAACCUUUAGAAAAAUCAUAAAACUGUCUGCUUAAUGCAUUAACUAGAUAACAUUUUUUUUAGAAGAGGUGCUACACUUAAUACAUUGAAACAAGUUUUCUCGUUGAAGAGUUUAUUUACAGAGAAAAAAAAAUACAUCAUAGUAAAUCCAAUAUAAUAAGACUAUAUAUACCUCAUUCGACCGAAUGUUUUGAAAAUUUUACACUGUCUAGAAAGAGUUAAUAAGAAUAAUCUGUCAAAAUAUAUGGUCUCUACGAUUAUAAUCUAUAAUUAUUAUCUAACCGAAUUACAAUAAAUAAAUUAAAUCGAAUAUAACGGAUACCGUGAUUUCUCCGUUUUCUAAUAAUAUUUCACAAUUAUUAUGAAAAUGACAAAGUAAAUCAAAUAAUUACCUUCCAAAUGCACAUAAAAUUCGCUUCCAUCCCUAAAAUUCAUAAUAACCAUUAUUUAUUUUAUUUUAAAUAAAAUUAUUUAACAUAAUAUUUUUAGAAGCUGAGAAAAAUUUUUAGUAGGAAGGUAUAUUGUUUGAAACAUCAUAAUCAUCGGAAUAUUAAUUGCUUUAAAAUAUAAUUGCACGGAUCGUAUUUUGUCAGAAAUGCAUGUGUUCCGAAAUAAUAUCUGCCGAUUGGCAUGGAUAAUGAAAUCCGAUGUUAAAUUUCACCGAAAAAUAAAUUCCUACUUGAUAUUUUCCAAUAAAAUAUGUUCUGACAAAGAAAAUUUAGAACUUAUUACUUUUUAAUUAAUCAUCAUAUAUUUAUAUUUUGUGAAACAUAAUAAUAUAUACAAAAGUUUUUUACUGCAUGCAGAUAUUUUAAAUUAAUCCAACAAUGCAUAGAAUUAGGUACCUACCUACAUUUAUUUUUCGGAAAACUAAUCAAAUAAUAAACUAUUAUUAAUAUAAUAGAAGUAUAAGUUAAUUUUAAUUUUUAAACUUGGCUUUUAAAGUUUUAACCAGUUUGUAUCGAUUUAAAUUAAAUUCGUGUACAUUAUAAUUUAAUGAAUAACGAGUUUAUUUUAUUGAAUUAUAAAUUUAUAACACGUUUAAGUUAGUUUAAUUUGUAGAUUCUAAUGUUAUUGUAAAGAAGCUCUAAGACUUACUAAAAUGUGUAAUUUUUUCUUGGAAAACAGUUUUUAGGUGGCUAUUAAAAAUUCUAUGAUUUGUUCAUGCUGCAAUUAAAAAGGCUAGGAAUUUUUAUUAGAUGAUAAUUAAUUUCACUCUUCAUUGGAAACGUCCAUUACGUUUACAUAAACAAUGUUUAAAAAUAUAUUUUUAGUUAAUGAAAUACUAAUAUAUUAUUUUGUUCGGUGGUGUUUUGUUUAAAAAAAUAAAUGUUUAGAUUUCCAGCAAUCUUCGAAUAUUCGCAAUGUAUUGACAUACUGUGCAAAAUACGUCGGGCUCUUUAAAAUUUUAAACAGAAUAUUUACUAUCAUUCUAUCUAUUAUCUGAUAGGUAAUCUAAUAUCGAGAAUGGGCGUAGAUAGUGGGAGCAUUUCGGAACAAUUAUUUAUCUGUUAAAGACGGCAUUUCAUUACUAGACGAACAAUCCGAUAAUCGGAUUAGCGAAGGGACAAAUUGUAUUUUAACUGUAUUUUGGUAGGUAUUAAAUGUAUUUCAAUAACAUUAUUCGUAUUCGUGUAUUAUAAUAAAUUUAAAAAAAUAUGUAAUAUCCCUAAUUAGAUGUCAAAUUUAUUUCCAGCCAUUAUUUCAGUUAUGACGUGUACUUAUAAUGUUUUAAUUAGAUAGGUACGUACUACUAGUUACCAUACUAUUGGUUUCAACUGGUUUGUAAUAUUAUUGAAAGUACUAUUGAUUAUCCGAGUAUUUGUUAUGCAUGGGUUUUAUCCUACAGUUUAUAUAACGGAAACUGACCAUACUACAGGCGAACUAAUGUAUAUGGGAUAAUAUAUAUAAAACAUAUGAGAGGUUCUCAACGGUCGCUAAAUUACAGUAAAAACGAUUAUCGUUUGUCCGUAUUGAAUAGUCGUGUCCGUGUCACUGUUUCGGAGAAUCCGAUAUUCUUUUAUUUGUCGAUUAUUUAUAUUUUAAUCACAAACAUCUUGUUAUUGUCCGUGAUAAUAAUAAUCACACGCACAAGACGUUUUUUUUAUUAGAUUUUAUCUAAUAAUAUUUUAAUAACACGAUUAUACAUAAUAUAUUAUAAUAAGCGUUUAAAACACUUGACCCACCAAAAGUUAUACAAAUUAUUAAUAAUUUUUUGUGAAAAUAUUGGUUCAAUAAAAUAUUUUUAAAUAAAUUCUUGGAAAUUUAACGAAUAUAAAAUAUAUAUUGUUUUGUUGUAUCACUAUAAGCACGUAUUCAGGAUCAAUUUUCGGGUGGAGGGGAGGGUGGUUAAAAUAUUUUUAAUACGUGAACUUGUAGUUGGUUUUUGUUCUAUCAUAAUUGUAUACCCACUUUAAAAAUUUCGGGGUGAAGGGGUUGAACCCGUAAACCCCCACUGUACACGGACUUGUAUCGCUAUAUAAAUGUCCCGCAUUAUUCCGUAAAAUAAAUGGACGGAACUAUAAAACCCAGACUCUAUUUUUUCAAAGAUUAUUUAAUCCUUUUUAAAAAUGUAUUAAAAUUUAUAAUCUAAAAUCAUAAAAAUUACGACAUUUCUAAACAUGAAUAACCGAAUUUCGCUCAAAAUCGUUUUUCGUUAACAAUAAUUUUUCAUUGCGUCAGUGGCGCAACCAGGAUUUAUUCAAGAGAGGGGGUUCAAAUAAAUGUAUUUAAUUACUGUUUUUAUGUUCUUUUCCUGAGUAUAUACAUACAUUUAAUUACUUAAUAAACACAAUUAUAUUAUUUUAUAUUAUUAGAUUUUAAGUGGAACGAUUGAUAUUUUAUAAUGAAAUAAAAAAAAAAUUAUUAUUGUAUAAUAGCAUACAUUGUAUGUAAUCAGAAGUAACAUUGAUAAUGAAUAUAUAUUGGUUCAUUGCAUGUAAAUAAUUAGCUAAGGUUCAUUUGGUCAAUUACGAUAAUAAAAUAAAAAUCAUAGAAAAACAGUAUACAACCAUGGUUUAAGAUAUACGACAUGCUUAUAUAUUUUAUCUUAAACUGUGGUUGCACUAUUAUGAUAUAGUUAUUGACAAUCGUUGAUUUUAUUCAUACAUUAGAUUUGACGUGUUAUCAACAAAAUACCAGAUCUAAUAAUCACUCUAAUCAAUAAGUUUUGAUGAAAAUUCCAGGAAAACUUUCAAAAAUAAAUAAUGUGAUAUUAUCCAAGGGAGGAAGUCCGGACCUGGGUUCCAUUCCCCUGGGUUCGUAACUGCUUUGCGUAUAGAUAUAAAUUAAAUAAUUUUAUGAUAUAUCUUAUUUUCCUUUCCUCCCAUCUACAACAGUAGAUCCAGCACAACCAUCCCUUGUAGUACCGGAUUUUUUUUUUUUACUAUAAUUAAUUAACGCACAUUUUAAAAUAUUUAAUUUAAAAUCGGGUACUUGUUUGCGGAUCAAAUAUUAAAGAACGAACCACCACGCGUUUGCACCCAGAAUAUUAUAGAUUGAAUCACUUUAAAGCGUACAUAAUAAUAUAAAAUUAUACACACGUUUACACAAUAAUAUCUUAUGCCUUUAAACGUAAAUAUUGUAUACAUAUUAUACGCAGACAAUAAUUUUGCUGAUGACAACGGUUUAUCUCUUUGAGGCAUUGUAAUUAGUAACAGUGACUACUUAAUUUUUUUGUUUUUUGUAUGGUGGUUAUGGAUUUUAACCACUUCGUGAAAAUAUGUCAUCUUUUAUAUGCGUAGUGGUUAGCAGCCGGUACCACAUUAAUUGAUAAGUUAACAUACCAAACUAUUGGUUUAUAAAUAGUUGUAUUUACCAAACUAUUUACGUAAUAUGCUAUUGUAUAUAAUACCCAUUGUUUUCGAUUAAUAGGUUUAGCAUCACUAUUUUGUAAUUUAAAUUUGUAAAAUUUGUCUAUAACCUCUUGCCAUGUGUAUCCUCAAAUAUAUAUCUAUGAUAACACAUUUUUAUUACAUAGCAACCAUCAAUACAAUAAAAUUAAUAUUUUACGAUGAUCAUCUGUAGUAACCACUAUUUAUCAUAUGAAUAUCAAUUAUAGAAACUGACUGAUAGGAACUGAUAGGAAGUGUUCCAUACAAGUGUAUUACAAGUGUCAUACAUAAAUAUAUGCAUUAUAUGGUAAUUAUUUUAUUUGAUCAAUAUUACCUUAUGAUGUUUUAUGUUUUACUACUAAACUGGUGUGUUUAUGCAUAUUUUUUUAUUUUUAAUAUUAAUUGUUUUUAUGAGUUUAUUAAUAUAAGAUAAGAAAUAUAUUAUAAAUUAUUUGGUUUCUCUAACAAAGCUAUGAGCCAUUAAAAAAAAUAAUAUGUUGAUUUGUGUACGGUGGUUGGUGUAGAUCAUCGUUUCUCAACCUUUUUAGUGUCACGACCCCCAUAAUAGAUAUAAAAUAUGGUCAAUAACUUUGCGAUCUCCCCCCCUCCAUAUAUAUUAGGUACAAAUUUGAACAAUAAAAAUAUCCUACCAUCCUAACCAUACGAAUUAUACCAUUUUAAAUAUCAUGUCUAGUAAUUAAGUACGUUAUGUCUCGGGUAGUUGGGAUUUCCAUUAGCGGUGGAAUGCCCGUUUUAUUGAUGAGAUGUGUACAUUUAAUCGACUGCUUAUUAUUGUUAUUAUUAAUAUUAUUUUUAUGUGUUAUGAAACGAUUAAUUUAUCGAUAACAGCAUGCGUCGCUCGUGUUGUUAAACUCAUGUGAUUUUGCGUUAUUAGUUUUAAAAUUAUUUGUAUUUACAAAACGAAGUAUAAAUAUACAAAGUUGAUUUUUAGUGCGUCUUUUUAGUUUUGUGUAAUGGGAAUUAAUAAUUAUAGAUAAAUGUAUAACAAAACGUAAUGCGCCGUCUACUUCUGGUGAACCAGCAAAAAUAAAGUCCAGGUCAUACAACAAUGAAUAUUUGAAUAUUGCAAUAUGUUGUUUACUUUCAAGUUCUAUCUCAAGAAAGUAUGAAACCUUCAAAGUUAAUUCAACAUCUGGAAACAAAUCACCCACUUUUAGUAGAAAAACAAAUUGAUUUUUUUGAGCGUAAAUCACUUUUUUUAAAAAAAUCAACAAACUUGUAUUCUUAAAUAAAGUCAGAAUAAGAUCACAACACUUGAAGCAUCCUAUUUAUUAGCACUUAGGGUAGCUAGGAAAUCGAAACCCCACACGAUUAAUACGAACCUCAUUCUACCUGCUGCUAUUGAUAUGGUCAAUAUUAUGAUAGGUCCAGAAGAAGUAAAAAAAUUAAAAACUAUUCCACUAUCAAAGACACUAUACUAUAUCUAUAUAGAUACUUGACACUAUAUCAAGACGAAUUAAUGAAAUGGAAACUGAUGCGAACAAUCAAAUAGUUCAAAAUCUAAAAUCAAGUGAAUAUUUUUCUAUUCAGUUUGACGAGUCAACAGACGUGACAAACUUGGCGCAAUUUGUAUGUUUUGUUCGAUAUGAAUGUGAUGGGACAAUUAAAGAAAAUAUGUUUUUUUGCAAAUCAAUACCAGGCUAUGCUACUGGACAAGGUCUUUUUGAAUUAUUUAUUGGAACAACAAAAAAUUAA